AUGGCCUUCCUCUGGAUCGUCUCCUGCCGCUUCGUCAGCGCCGCCUACGGAUGCGGAACCCCCGCCAUCCCUCCCCGGGUGAGUGGCUACGCCCGCAUCGUUAACGGAGAGGAGGCCGUUCCUCACUCCUGGCCCUGGCAGGUGUCUCUGCAGCAAUCCAACGGUUUCCACUUCUGCGGAGGUUCUCUGAUCAAUGAGAACUGGGUGGUGACCGCUGCUCACUGCAACGUCAGGACUUACCACCGUGUGAUCGCUGGAGAGCACAAUAAGGGCUACGGCACCAACGAGGACGUCCAGGUGCUGACUCCUGCCCGGGUGUUCACCCAUCCCUACUGGAACGCCAACACCAUCAACAACGACAUCGCCCUCAUCAAGCUGUCCUCUCCUCGCCUCGGCACCAACGUGUCUCCCGUCUGCAUCGCCGAGUCCUCCGACAAUUACGCCGCUGGUAUGACCUGCGUGACGUCCGGCUGGGGUCUGACCCGCUACAACGCUGCCAAUACUCCCAACACCCUGCAGCAGGCCGCCCUGCCCCUGCUGUCCAACGAGCAGUGUAAGAAGACCUGGGGCAGCAACAUCAGCGAUGUCAUGAUCUGCGCCGGAGGAGCUGGAGCUACUUCCUGUAUGGGUGACUCUGGUGGUCCUCUGGUCUGCCAGAAGGACAACGCCUGGACUCUGGUGGGCAUUGUGUCCUGGGGAAGCAGCUACUGCUCCACCUCAACCCCCGCCGUCUAUGCACGUGUCACCGAGCUCCGCGGUUGGGUCGACCAGAUCCUGGCCGCCAACUAACGCUGAGCGUGAUGAUCAGCUGCUGCUGGAGCUGAAGCACAAUAAAAACCUAAGAUGAGAAGCUGCCUCUGAGUGUGUAGCUCCACAGCCAGCAGGGGGCGCUGUCAGCUCACAGAGCCGCUACAACAUCAGUGGAAAACAUUCAAAUAAAAGUCUUUAAAGAA